AUGGAGCAGCAGGUGGAAAUGGCGGCAACCUCCUUCCGGGUGAUGGUGUCUGAGGCGGAGCCCUACAGCUUCCAGACCUUCGCCGCACAGCAGACGCAGGACUCCGUGCGCAUCACACACAUUACAUUUACUCCUCCCAGCCCCGAAGAACUGGAGGCCUACGUGCAGCACCAACGCAGAAUCGCCUCUGCCACGUCAACAGGCACGGCAACCGCCGCGGUUUGUCCCGCAACGUUCGCGCUUCUUCGAACGCUCUGCGCAACACGCAAAGUGGAAAGCCACACCAUCGCCUGCUUUCCGUGGAGUCAACCAGAUGAAGCAACGACAGCGAAGAUGAGGCCGCAUGGAAAUAAUAACAAGAACAAGGGUAAAGGUAAUAAAAAGAAGACGGGUGUUGCAGUUUUGCCUCAAUCGACCACCGCUGCGGCUCACCCCGUGGAAGAGGUUCAGCUGGGCGGCUUGUUUGAUGUGGCCCUCCCGCGGCAGACCGACAUCUGCAGCAACGUUGACCUCCGCUUCGACGUGGACGGCUCUGUCUGGCUGGAGGUUGUUGGCCCCGGCCGUGUGACUUUCUUUGGGGAGCAGAACUCGUCGCUGAUACCUGAGUGGAUGGAAGAGCGGUUUUUCAACUUUGGCGCCAACAAUGAGGAGUCGAGUGAAGAUGACAACGCCGAGGAGGAGGAGGACGAAGUUGCGGCGAUGUAA